GGACGCGUGCGCAGACUGAGGUGUGACAGACGUGCAACCUCAGACGGCUCGAGACCGCACAGACCGCUCUAUGCCUAAUCCCUUACGACCCCAGCUGGGUUCUGGGGUAUCCUGAGUCGCGCCGCGGGGAAAGACGGACUGUAAAGCUGGCCCCGAGGGCGUGGCCCCUCCGACCAGGUCUCCAAUCAAGACGCCCUCCCUAAUGUCAGGGCGCAUUACGACUAUUGGUUGGUGGUGAUGGCGCAGGGCACAUGGGGUGUGAUUUCUCGUUCACAGAACAUCCACCCACGGAACCCCUUCUGGGUGAUCAUUAGCUGGGGGUUGGGGAGCGCCAUCAAACCAAGUCAUGAAUGAGGUCAGCUGAGCACGGCCUCCCAGGACUUGGCCGGAGCAUUGCCAUGGCAACCGGACGGCCUAUGCAGUGCAGCAUUACGGGCUGUGCAGUCGGCUCCUAGCGCUGCAAGCGAGUGCAGAGCGCCGGGCAGCCACGAGUCGGAAAGACGACCAGAGCCUUCCCCCCGCUGCCCUGCUGGGGACAGGGCUCUGUUGGCCGCGAGGCCAAGCUGGGAUGCACCGUCGCCUCGUGCUCUCCAGAGAGGCAAGAAGACUAAGGCCUCGCAGGAGCCCCGCCCCUUCCCCCGGGAGGAAGUGGGGAGCCUAGUACGGCUCCAGCCUCUAUCCCUCUUCAAGGGGCUGUAGAUGACAGGAGACAUGGAAAGCCCAAGACAUCAUGGGAAGUCCAGCCAGGCAUCUUCAGAGAUUUUGGGGUGCUUCUGGCUACUUUUGGCAGACCCAGUGGGAGAAACUGCUGUCUACAUUUGAAGGCAGAGAGUGGAUGCUGUUCCUUAUAGGUGCUGCCCUGGUGCCUGCACUCUGCUUCUGGGGCUUCAAUGGCCUUCUGCUGGUGGUGGACACAACAGGGAAACCCACCUUCAUCUCCCGUUACCGCAUCCAGCUGGGCAAGAAUGAGCCGGUGGACCCCGUGAAGCUGCGUCAGUCUAUCCGCACAGUUGUUUUCAACCAGACUAUGAUCUCUCUUCCCAUGCUGGUCAUCUUCUACCCCUUCUUCAAGUGGAGGGGAGACCCCUGCUGCCGAGAGCUGCCCACCUUCCAUUGGUUCCUCGUGGAGCUGGCCCUUUUCACCAUCGUGGAGGAAAUCUUGUUCUACUACUCACACCGGCUCCUUCACCACCCAACAUUGUACAAGAAAAUUCACAAGAAACAUCAUGAAUGGACAGCACCCAUUGGUGUGAUCUCAGUCUAUGCCCACCCUAUUGAACAUGUGGUUUCCAACAUGUUGCCAGUUAUGGUGGGUCCUCUAGCAAUGGGCUCUCAUCUGUCCUCCAUCACUGUGUGGUUGUCCCUGGCCCUCAUCAUCACCACUAUCUCCCACUGUGGCUACCACCUGCCCUUCCUGCCCUCACCUGAGUUCCAUGACUACCACCACCUCAAGUUCAACCAGUGCUACGGGGUGCUGGGCGUGCUGGAUCACCUGCAUGGGACUGACAUCAUGUUUAAGCAGACCAAGGCCUAUGAGAGACAUGUCCUCCUGCUGGGCUUCACCCCACUUUCAGAGAGCAUCCCUGAUCCUCCAAAGAAGAUGGAGAGCCUGCUUGGACCAUCCAGAGUGUUCCCUCACAAGUAGGAGGUGUGGAGACUGCCUGGGGGCCAUGCUGCCUUUAACAACUUGCCUCCUUGGGCCACCAUUCUGUAAGGACUGUACCAUUAGGGUAAGGGGAAUGCAAGCUUCCUGCCAGGACAAGGCCAUGGUAGGAUCUAGGCUUCCCCCAAACUACUUCUCAUGUUCAUUUGAACCAGGAGUUGACUUAGGAAAAAAGGACUCGCUAUUUGCACUGGAGACCAUCCAAUGGAGAAAAGUCCCUGAGAGCCUGGGGGAACCCUUUGGUCCUCUGCUCCAAUACCCCAAAGAGGUAGCUCCCCUGUGGCCUAGGUCGGAUACAGAGAAGGGGACGAUAGUGGGACUGGAGGCUUCCUGGCUCCACAAACUUCUUUCACACCCAUAGCCAGGGCACCCUGGGGGUAGUCACAGGCCACAUGUGUUGACAUGCUAGAUGUGGUCCCUGAUUCCUACCAAGAAAGCCUGGGUGAGUUUUGCCCUCUAAAGAUACAAAUCCUUCAGAAGAAGCCAUGACAGCCCACAAGAGCUUCUCAGUAUGAUGUGCACCCCAGCCCCUGUGCCUUAGCCUGUUGGUAUUGGGGCUGAACUUGUGUGGGGAAGACCCAAGUCAGUGCUCUCUAAACCCAAAAUAAUCUUCUCUCCCAACAAUGAGCCUCAGAAAACACAGCCCAAGGGCAGUCCCACCUUCCUUUAAAUAUCUACUGGAUGGUAAACAUGCCUGGGGAGUAGGUAGCAGUUCGCUUCUCUAGUCCAGUUCUCUAGGCCCCCACCCUGGCAGCUCAUGCUUAGGAAACCUGGGAUCCCAAGAACUUGGCAACUAGGUGGAUCUGGAUGGCUGCCUCCACUACCAUUUGCUAAAUCUCAGCACAACUGUGCCAAGCUUACAUUUUCAGUUCAAGUCAAGACUUCCUAUUGUGGCCUAAAUAAAAUCCUUUCUUAACACA